AUGGCAAGACACGCUCCCCAUCGCUGCCAUUGCAGCAGGUCUGUCACGUACGCAGUCAAGCUGCUCGGCGAUAUGCUAGCUCUCAAGAAUCAAGGCUUGCAUGUACACGCAUCAGUGUGCAGGACCGAUUCAGUGGAUCGGAUCGCACCAGUGCAAGGACGAGCCGAUGGUCUAUCGUCAGCCCGCUUGUGCAGCGACUCGAGCGAGUGCCGAGAUGCGCUCCUGCGAGUCCUGUGGAACAGGCUGCUGCCACCGCGUGCUUCGAAGUUCUACGACGCCACGCUAGCGUAUCGGGAUGGUCAAGACGAGGUCAUUGAUACAUCCGGCCGCGGAGAACUCGCAGCUGAUCCUGUCACGAUGCCCAUGCCGACCGAGCAGCUUGACUCGGCUAAGACGUCGAUGCGCCAAUCGUCGAAUCCGUCCCAGCCUGAGCUGGCUGUGUCUGGCGGCUACCUGUCGCAGGAGAACAGUCCUGGCAGCAGUCCUCUUGCGUCGAGCUCUUCCUCUCUCAUGAGCUCAGCAAGGCUCAGCAGACCCAUCGGCUCGCGGCAUAGCAGCUUCCGAACGUCACAAUGCUUCCUCUCGCCAAAUGAGGAGAUUGUUAUGCCGUACUUCCUGUCCGAGACUCAGUCACCACCCUCGAGCUCACGAUCAUCCCUUUCAUCGCGAAGUGGCCAGAAAAGCCUGGCGAUGACGACGAUCGGCCCAGAUAGCUACCGCAUGGAGCUGCAAGGUUGGACUGCACCCGGUGAGCCCGAGGCUUACUCGAACGCCCGGUACAGGCAAGCCAAGAUCAGUCAACGCGUAGCCCUGCGUCAUGAACGCAAGGCCGGCAAAGCCCUCACGCGCGGUGACAUGAAGAGCUACGAGCGCUCGCGAAGCCAAGCGAGCACAGCCUGGCGCGAGUGUCUGUCGGACCUCGAGGAAGCCAGAAUGCCUGCCAGGAUAGGCUGA